AUGGCGAAUCAGUCUCAUGACGUCGAGAUAUUGGUACACGUCAACGCACCCAGCCGUGUCGCCGAUGAUGCUGCAUACCGUGCCCUGGCCUCGGCCUAUCUAGCCUUUGAACCCCUCUCACAUGGCGGCGUGCCCGUGUCCCGACCAGACAAUGGAAGCCAUGAUGAACCUCUGGCUCGCAGUCCGACCCAAGACCAGGCCUCUCAAGCUCGACGCCAGGGAUAUCGGGGACAACCGCCAUCGUCUUCCCAAUCUAUUGCCCCCAUAAUCGACUCCCAGGACCUCAGCUUCCACAGUGUUCUGGACAACCGGUCUUCGCCGCGUCUGCGUACGGCGGCUGGACGGCAACCACCAUCAAAGGACUAUACCACGCCAUCACCACAUCCGCAGGGGACCCCGUCAUCACAGAACCAGUGGAGCGCCCCGCCCAGUCACAUAAGCGAUUCGUACCCUGUGCCCAAUGCCGCCAUAUACGCUUCCCCCACGCGCAUCCUCCAGAGUUUCAUACGCCGACGCCCUGCGCCUGAGAGCAGCCCUGCCUCACGUCCGUCCGUGGAUCUCGGCGAUUAUGAAAUCGCCAAAGAGCCCUAUGAGCGGGAUAUCGCCAUCCCCUCGUCCAUACCAGAUCCAGACCGGCACAGCGACGGAGAGUGCCCGCCAGCCGGUACCCCAGCAAAGAUAGUCUCGGUGACUCCACAGUUGGCAGUAGCCCAGAGGAAGCGCCGGCACCAUAAUCUCAAGGUACCCGGACCAGACGACUCCCACAUAGAUGUUACGCACAUCUCAGCCAGUGACUUGAGUGCUGCGCAUCACGAGCCCGCAGAGCCAGAACCGCCAGGUGCCGCUCCUGCUGAUGUUCCUCCAUCCGCCCAAAGGACCAUGAUGUCCACAGACCACUUGACAGGUCUGGUUCGCCACGACAGCGCAGCAGCAGCAGCAUCUAUCCUUCGCCGGCAGCCACCUCCGGCAGCUGACCAGGGAAUGAUGGACGCGCUGGAGGCCAGACCUCCGUCUCCACCUGUGGGCGUGGCUUCGGUCGAGCCAGAAGACCUGGUGUCGCCCAGGCUAGCCAGGCUCGCGGUCCAGCUGUCGUCGCGCUACCGGCCCGAGGCCACGCGCGUCAUCGAACCGCUCGAGAGGGGCUACUGGCUCCUCGACUGCAGCAGCUGGGACGUCGAGAGGCGCUUGGAGGCGUGGGCCUUCCUGGCUAGCUACAUCGGUGGCGGGCAGGCGGGAUGGGGCGUCUGGUGUCUCAGGGGUGAGGAUCACUCUUGGGUCCGCCUGUACUGCUGGGGUCACCUUGCCAAGCAUACGUAUCUCCUGUUGUACCUGGCGAGCGAGAGGAAGCUCAAGACGACGGGGGCCGGUUGGACGGAUGCAGAGGGGGAUGUCGUCUUGCGGGUUCCGCCGCAGGGCCGUGGCUGA